GUGAUACCUACAUCACAUUAGCUAUAGCGGCAUAAUGCGAACAAGAGAUUUCACAUGUUUCAAGAAGAAGUGGUAGUGCUGUAGUUAUCAAAAUAAAGAAUCUGAUUGUCCCGGGAAUAUAUUGUUACGGUGUGUGAUGAUGCUACUGUCCAGAUGUGCAGUUGUGGUAAAGCAGUGAUAGUUGCAGGAGGCAAAUCUGGUUGUUACAUCCAUAAUUAACGAUAGUUAGCCACUGUCACCUUACGUCGCAAGUCCUUUCAGCUUGUUCGAAAGCCGCUAGCUAGCAGCAGUGAUGUCUAGUGAAGAUUCUAGUUGUGAAGAGGACACAGAGAAAUUAAAAGAGGCAACGUGGAGUUUUGGUCCUGCAAAAACAAAUGGCUCUCAGACUGGUCACUCCAAUGGUAAUAAAGGCAUUGACAAGAAUGGCACACACAGUCGGCGAACUGUUGCCUCAGAGCAUGAAAAUGAUGGCAAUGAGCUACAGACCACACCAGAGUUCCGUAAUCACGUGGCAAAGAAGUUAGGAGCCGUGCUUGAUAGCUGCAUCUCAGAAGUUUCUGUGGCAACAGUGAACUCCAGCAGUGUACUGCCUAACAAGGAAAAGGAGACAGAGGAGAAGGAGAAGGAAGAGGAGGAGGAGGAUGAAAGUGAGUGUGAUCUGAGAUAUACCCAGGGUGCAUUGAACUAUUUUCCCCUCAGUUUUGCUCAUCGAAAGUCAUGAGCAGACAGAAAUACAUGCAUAAAGACAACAUGAAUACAGUACACAUAAUGAAAAAAGUAGUCG